AUGGGGACGGAGACGCCGCAGAAGGCCGCGCGCCCCGAGACGCCGGCGGCCAAGGAGGAUGCGUCGCUGAGCGGCAUCGUGUCGUCCGGCGGCGGCAGCUCCAUGACGCCCGGCGGCACGAGGAAGAUGCCGAGCCGGCGCAUGUCCGUGACGACGCGCCACGCGAACCUCAAGAACCGGUCCAAGGACCAGAAGGAGGCCUGGGAGCGCUACUGGGCCGCGGGGCCCUUCCGGAAGACCGCGGACCUCGCCGAGGGCGAUUUCAACGUCUACCUCCAGCUCCUCGCGCGGCACCGGUCGCAGCCGUCGGCCAGCGAGCCGCCGCUGACCAUGGGCGAGUACGACCACCUGACGCUCCUCCAGAAGCGCAUCGUCUCCGCGGGUCUGGACGUCGUGCGGCCCGCGCGGAACCCGUUCCCCUGGGAGAAGCAGAAGCGGCGCUUGAGCUCGUUCAACAUGACCUACGGCAAGACGCACGCGCCGCGCCAGCGCCACGUGCGCCGGGGCACGGCGGCGCGGGGGACCAUCGUGGACGUGCACCGCACGGCGAAGCGGCUCAAGGAGGUGCGCGCGCGCGAGAAGCGCGAGGGCCGCCACGACGGCGACGACGCGUCCGGCGCCGCGGGGUCCCACGCGAGCAAGGGCGCCCACGGGCCCGCGUCGGCCCUGGGCUUCGAGCCCGAGGACCGGCUGGGCGCCCGCUUCGAGCGCGCGCAGCACGAGGCCCAGGCGCAGACCAUCGCGAACAACUCGUGCGUCGUCGUCCCCGCGGCGACGCACCGCGCGGGCGUCGCGCCCCAGCUCCUCGUGCCCGUGAAGCGCCGGGGCCCCAAGUGGGACCCCAAGGGCGGCAACGCGUCGGGGCGGCGCAACUCCCAGGCCGAGGGCACGGAGGGGGGGCUCGGCGAGGUCGCCGGCGGCGUGCUCGUCACGCAGUGGUGCGACGACGACGACGACGACCGCUCCGCGGAGGAGGCGACGCCGAACGGCCGGAAGGGCAAGAAGGGCAAGCGCAACGCGGGCGCCCGGGCCCACUUCAAGGGCGCGGUCCACGCCACGGUCGCCGGGAGCAAGGCGCACAAGAUCGUCGAGGGCUUUUUGGACGCGCGCCGCGCGGCGACCGCGCCGCGGCGCCGCGACUCGCACCACGCCGACCGGCGGCAGCGCGGCUCCGUGACGGCGACCGCCGAGGAGCGCGACGCGGCGCGCGCGGAGCUCAACGUCGCGCUGAGCCGCUGCAAGUACUGCCGCAACAACACGGAGUUCUGCCCGACCUGCGUGCGCGUCGCCAACGGCUGGCUCACGGCGAACCCGGCCGAGUUCGGGCUGAUCCACCACGAGAUCUCGGAGAUGAUGAAGAACAUGAUGGCGGAGACGUUCUCCCACGAGACCUACGGCGCGCCCAUGAUGAACACGGCGGAGACGGUCGUGGACCGGCGGCGGUCCUCGGUGUUGUCCAAGUCGUCGGCCAUCAAGGCGUUGCAUUUGGAGAAGGUCAACUCGAUCAUCGCGGACCAGCUCCAGAACGACGCGUGGUUCGAGGACCACAACCGGCGCCACCGGCGCAUCCAGCGCCGCGACAAGGCCAACGUCGAGCUCUUCGAGGACCUCGACGAGCGCAUAUCGCUGCCGAAGCAGUUCAAGAUCGAGCACGACACGCUCGACUCGUCGAACCUCAACACGAAGAGCGGCCAGCUCGACAAGAUGGCCGACGACCUCGGCGGCGGCGGCCGGCCCCGCUGCCCCUGGGCCCAGGACCCGCGCGAGCGCCAGCGCGCGCUCGUCGCCAUCGGCCAGGCCAUUAUGGCCGCGGUCUUCGAGCAUUUAGGGCCCGACGGCCGCUGGACGCCCUACGACGCCGGGACGGCGGCCAUGCUGGAGCAGUCGAGGCUGGCGAACCCGAACGCCGUCGUGCGCCUGCCGAACCUGCCCUUCGAGAUCCGCUUCGGCAGCGCGGCGCGGAGCGCGAAGAUGCCGAGCCCGCCGGAGACGGGCAUCGUCCAGGUCAACGUCAACAACGAGAACACGCGCGUCGUGCGGCGCACGAACCAGGCCGGGAACCAGGUCCAGAUCCGCGUGCCCCCGAACGCCGCUCCCGGCUCGACGAUCCAGACCUCGCUCCCCGACGGGAGGACGAUCAACGUCCAGAUCCCGCCGGGCGUCGCGCCCGGGGCGGUCAUCACCGUCGCCGUGCCGCCCGGCGCGCCGGCGCCGUCGCGGCCGUCCAUGCAGGUCGCGGCGGUCGGCCAGCCCCCGGCGCAGCCCCAGUACGGGCCGCCCCCGACGAUGAUGAUGCAGCAGGCGCCGCCGCCCAUGAUGGCGUCGCCGCCGCGACCGUCGCAGCCGUCCUUCCUUGCGGGACUCUGGGCCGCCGUCGAGGCGCGCGACCCGACGGACAUGGUCGCGGGCGCGCUCAACGAGGCCGGGCCGGAGGGCCUCGUGACGCGCUACAUGGACCCGCAGCUCCGGCGCACGCUCGUCCACAAGAUCUGCGCCUUCGGGCGCCUCGGCACGCUCCAGGCCGUCGCGGCCGCGCUCGACCAGCGCGUAGACCCGACCGGCGCGCUCAAGGCCGCGCUGCGGGACACGCCCGACGGCGAGGGCAAGCGCGGCCUCGAGCACGCCGUGCAGCGCGGCCACCUGGACGUCGUGCGCUGGUUCGUGGAGGUGACGCGCGCGGCCCCGGGCAACGCCGCGGCGCUCGCUCCCCCGGGUUCUCCCGUCGCGCAGUACCUCGCGUCGCUCCAGCAGCAGAGCAUCCCGGGCCGCCAGCUCGCCGAGGCGCGGGCGCUGGACCAGCAGCUCGCGGCGGGGCAGCCCGUCGUCGUCGCGGGGCAGCCCGUGCCCACGCAGGGCGGUUGCGCGAACCCGAACCCAGACCUCGGCAGCCUCACGCAGUGGCUCGACGAUCUCGAUUUGGAGCAGUACGAGGCCGACCUGCGCCACAUCGCCGGCGUCGACGACGUGCGCACGCUGGCCUGCAUGGAGGAGUCCCAGCUCCACGGUUUGGCCGCGGAGGUCGGCAUGAAGUACGGGCACAAGAUCAAGUUCAUCGACGCGUGCCGCGCGGUCCGCGACCCGACGCCGGCGGCCGCCGUCGACGCCGGCGUCGCGUCGGCGCUCAUGGCGAAGCUGAACACGCUGGAGCAGGGCAUGCACAAGAUCGACGACGCGCAGACCGCGAACGCCGCCGCGGUCAUGGAGGGCCUCCACCACAUCGACGACACGACGACGAAGACGGCCGCCGAGGUCGCGGCGAUUCGGGCGGAGCUCGCCAAGGUCGUCGACGCGACGCGGGGCCAGACGCGGCUGCUCAUGGAUUUAUGUUCGGACGCGACGGAGUGCCCGAAGCUUGUCUGGAUGGCGAGGGAGAAGGAGGCGGCCGUGACGCGCUGGCUCACGCCUUCAUCCUGGUACGGCAAGCCCGUGCGCGUCCAGUUCGUCUGCCCCGUGACCAUGCAGGUCGCCAAGAGCGGCAAGGACGGCGGUGGCUACCGCGUCGUGCUGCCCAAGGACUGGAUCAAGAAGUGGGGCGUCGCCGUGAACCUGUCGCUGACCGUGCUGAGGGUGGCCAUGCAGCUCGGCGCGGCGUCCAUGGGCUGCUACCACGCCCACGUGCCCGACAUGACCAUCGACCGCGCGCGCCUCAAGACCGCCGACGAGCUCUACGAGGAGGUCAACAAGGGCCUCGACCCGGCGACGCGCGACGCGCUCGAGAAGGGCGCGCCGGAGUGCAAGGCGCUCUCCGAGGCGUCCUUCCAGAUGCUCAAGGGCGAGCUCAAGAAGGAGGACCCGGGCCUCGACCUCACGGGGCUCGUCAAGGUCGUCGGCGGCUCGGGCGCGACGCUCUGCACGGAGUGGGUCCACAAGGACAUGCCCAUGGACGAAGUGCUCGUGGUCUACGGCAGCGAGUCGAACACGGCGAAGACGAACAUCGAGCGCAUCGCCAAGGAGUGGAUGGCGCGCGACGGCGUGAACUGGAAGGUCUGCGACGUCAUGGAGGGCAACGACGCCGCGGCGCUGGGCCUCGUGCACAUCGCGUCGACCUACGACGCCAUCGUCGUCGCGACGUCGUCCUUCCGCCAGGGCGACGCGCCGGCGAACUACGACGACUUCCUCGAGGCGCUGUACAAGGGGAGCGUCGCCAUGGACCCGAGCGGCGUGCGCCAGGUGCCGCUCGCGGGCAUGCAGUCCGCGGUGCUCGGCUUCGGCGACUCGCGCUUCGACACCUACAUGAACUGCCCGCGCCUGACGGACAUGCUCCUGGAGAAGUGCGGCACGCGGCGCAUGGCGCAGCGCCGCGAGAUCGACGUCAAGCUCUCGAAGGAGGACAAGGCGACGAUGAUGGCGGACUGGGCCGAGGACGUCCACGGCGCGCUGCAAGCGAAGACCAAGUACAGCGUGCCCAAGGUCUGCGAGUGGACCGUGCCGGGCAACGGCCAGACGUUCGACAAGUCCCUCGAGUACCUGCCGCCGCCGCCGCCGCCCGAGGCCGCGGGGCCGAGCCCCGUCGUCGUCGUCGCGGCCCUCGGCGCCGUGCUCGGCGUCGGCUACUACUGCUUCGCGUAGGGCGCCCCUAACGGUACGCGCG